AUGCAUUUUCUUCUUUCUUUCUUUCUACCUUUCUUUCUUUCAGUAAUGUCGUCCAAGGUUGGUCAGGAGUUUUCACAGUAUGUUACGGAGAUUUCCCAAAGCCAGAGGCACCACGUUGCCGACCGGGUGGAACAGUUGGCCCGUCAUCAGAGCAGGGCGUGGUAUUAUCUUGUGGGGUGCGUAACCUUCACAACGUCCAGUGUUAUGCUGGUGUUCAGACUCUGGGGUCCACGUCACAUAUUUAAGAACAGUGUCUACUACACACGGCCCCUCCCCCCUGCUAUUAGUAUGGGUGUUGUGCUCUAUGGAAUACUGUACACAUGUCGCGGGAUGCUCAUGCGCAGUCGUAUUUGCACGAUGAUGGAGGACUAUGAGUACGAACUAAAGCGAAUCAGCGCGCACCACUGCGAGGAGGGAGUUAACCAGCUUGCGUGGUUACAGUUCGUAACUGAGCAGUUGAAACAAGGCGCUGAGCACAGAUUCGACUUCAACAAGCUACGGAGCUAA